AGCCGAAUCGAUAUUGGUAUUGGUAUUGGCACGGGAACGGACGCUUCUUCCUCUUCCUCCGCCGCCGCCGCCGCCUCCUCCUCCUCAAAUCUCAUCGCCCUCCUCCGAUCUCCCUCCGCCCGCUCCGAACCCUACCAAUUCAGAUCCGGAUCUCAGGCCCGCCCUCUCAUCGACCAAGGUAUCCCAUCUCAUCUCAUAGAUGCCCGCCUCCCCCUCUCCGCCGCCGCGGGCCAUGAAGCGCGAGCUCGCCUUCGCGCUCCAGUCGCUCUCCGCGAUCACCGCCUCUCCCGGCCGCACCCGCUCCGGCCGCCCCCUCUCCUCCUCCGCCCCCGCCCCCAAGAGGCGGAGGAGACCUGACAAGCCCCCCGACCAUCCCCUCUCCCUCGAAACUGAUCUUCUUCUAGUCUCCCCGCACACUCCGCCCAUGGACGCCGAGGCGCCCAAGCCCACACACCUCCUCAACGACAAGGGAUCCCAUCCUCCUCCCAUCAGCCCCCCUCACAAUCCUACAGUCACGCUCCAUGGAUCUCAUCAUCAUGCCAAUCCAAUGGAAUUGGACCUCGCUGCCACGCCUGCACACCCACUCCACCUCAAUGCUGUUGCUGCCACAGCCCAUGCACAACCCACAGACCUCAAUGCUGCUUCGGAGGCGCCUGCUCUACCAAUGGAGCUUCAUGAUGCUGCUGCUGCCACUGUGCCUGCCGAAUUGACGGAGCUCAAUGCUGCUGCCGACAAUUCCGCCGCCCCUGCUCUACCAAUGGAGCUUCAUGAUGAUGCUUCUGCCACUGUGCCUGCCGAAUCGACGGAGCUCGAUGCUGCUGCCGACACUGUCGAACCAUUGGGCCUCUUUGCUGUCGCUGCUGAUGACCCAAAGCCAGAAUUGCCUGCUGUAACUGCAGCCAUUGAUAACAACCUGAUGGAUGUCUCCCAUGAAUCAAAUGGACGAAAUCUACAACACCAGGUCCUGGACAAUGACUUGACUGAUCCUUCUUUGCUUGCCGAGACCACCACAGCACCAGUCUCUACCGCUGAUGCCGAUAGCAAUUUAACACCGGUCUCUACAGCUGACCUCAAGCCUGCAAGGCGCUUCACACGAUCGCUGCUCAAGAACAAACCAGAGGAAGAGGCCACACCUAGUAAAAGUCAAUGCCCUGCUGUGUCCAUGACAUCAGAGGACAACAACGAGGCCUCGGUUGAUUUGGUUCUGCCCCAAGAGAAGCCACAAAGGAGGUUCACAAGGUCACUUCUCAAGGUAAAGGUUGAGGCGCGCCCUAACAGCAGUGUGCUUCAAUCCAAGGAGGCAAUCGACAGCACAUCGGACUCUUCUCGGUCAGUGAAGAAGAUGGAGAUGAAGAUGUCUAAGAAGGUCGCCUGCCUCACAAAGCACCCAAGUAACAUUAGAGAGUUGCUCAACACUGGCCUGCUCGAGGGAAUGCCAGUUAGGUACAUCAUCCCCUAUAGCAAGAAGGCUGUAUUGAAAGGAGUGAUAACAGGCUGCAAUAUCCGUUGCUUUUGUUUCUCCUGUAAUGGUUCCAAGGAUGUUUGUUCUUAUUUCUUUGAGCAACAUGCUGGGAGCAACAAAAAGCAUCCUGCUGAUCACAUAUACUUGGGGAACAGUAAUAGUUUGCGAGAUGUGCUGCGGGCAUGUGAGAGUUCUCCCUUGGAAUCUCUGGAGAAAACAAUACGCUCUUCCAUUGAUCCAAAUGCUAAGAGAAGCUAUGUUAAUUGCCUAAACUGCAAUGAACGUCUGUCUUCAUCACAAACUGAAAGUUUUGAAAGUUUUCUCUGUCAUUGUUGCCUUGACCCAAAACAACAUCAAGAUCCCCCUUCCCCAUCUUAUUCUUGUAAGAGCAAUUCCAGCUUGAUAUCAAGCUCCAAGGAUUAUUUGUUGAAGAAGACACCAUUAAAUACAAAAGGUGGAAGUGCUGGAAAAGUAACUACAAAGGACACUGGGCUACACAAAUUGGUCUUUAAAGUUUUGCUUGAUGGCACUGAAGUAGCUUACUAUGUUGAUGGUCAGAGAAAGGUUGAUGGGUAUAUCAAGGAUCAAAGAAUCUACUGUAAUCACUGCAAUAGAGUGGUUAGCCCAUCUGCAUUUGAGGCUCAUGCGGGUGAGGGAACAAGACGCAAGCCUUAUGACAAUAUUUUUACAUCCAAUGGAGUAUCAUUGCAUGAGCUGUCAAUGAAAAUAUCAAAGGACAUGGAAUUGUCUGAACGCGAAACAGAUGAUUUGUGCAGAGAAUGUGGUCAAGGGGGAGAUAUUUUCCCUUGCAAAAUAUGCCCAAGGUCAUUUCACCCAGCCUGCGUUGGGCUGUCUGGAGUCCCCUCAGAGUGGUAUUGUGAUAAUUGCAGCAACCUUGUUCAAAAGGAAAAGGCUUUAGCAGAAAAUAAAAAUGCUAAAGCUGCUGGGAGGCAAGCUGGAGUUGAUUCUAUUGAACAGAUAAUGAAGAGAGCUAUACGAAUUGUCCCAAUCUCUGACGAUCUUGGUGGAUGUGCCCUGUGCAAGCAGAAAGAUUUUAACAAUUCAGUAUUUGAUGAGCGCACCGUGAUACUCUGUGACCAAUGUGAGAAAGAGUAUCAUGUAGGGUGUUUGCGGAGCCAAUGGCAGGUUGAUCUGAAGGAAUUACCAGAAGGGGAGUGGUUCUGUUGCAAUAGUUGCUCUGAUAUUCGUUCUUCCUUGGACAAGAUUAUCUCUGACGGAGCUUUGAUGCUGCCUGAGUCAGAUAUUGAUAUCAUAAGGAAGAAACAUGAGAUGAAAGGGUUAAGUAUGGACACUAAUACAGAUCUCAGAUGGCGAUUACUUGCUGGUAGAAGUGCCUCUGAAGAUGGUGACUUAUUGCUCUCUGCUGCAGUCCCAAUUAUUCAUCAAUCUUUUGAUCCAAUCAUUGAAGUUCAGAGUGGGAGGGACCUAAUUCCUGAGAUGGUCAAUGGGAGGAGACCUAAGGAUGGAAUGCCUGGCCAAGAUUAUAGUGGAAUGUACUGUGCAGUGUUAACUAUAGGCACUUCUGUUGUGUCAGCAGCACUGUUGCGAGUCAUGGGUGGUGAAGUGGCUGAACUGCCACUGGUUGCCACGUGUAAAGACCUUCAAGGACUGGGCUACUUCCAAGCGUUGUUCUCAUGCAUAGAGAGGAUGCUUAUUUCGUUGAAGAUCAAACACUUCAUGCUUCCAGCCGCCCAGGAAGCUGAAGGCAUCUGGAUGAACAAAUUUGGCUUCUCUAAAAUUCCUCAGGAGCAGUCAGAAGCAUAUCUUAAUGGGGCACACCUGACUAUAUUCCAUGGAACGUCAAACCUGUACAAGGCUAUUGCUUCAUCAUGAGAUCAGUUUGAAGCCUUCUGCUCUGCAUGUAUGCAAUCAAACAGAUUUGUCUUUUGAAGCUCUGCUGUCAAGUGUACAUACGAUGAUGAAGCAUGGGCAAAAGGAGGAUAAUACACAGAAACGGGGAGAAAAGAAGAAAGACAAGUAACUCCAGGAAGCAUGAUAUUGGUAGAACUAUAGUCUUUUAUCAUUCAGUUUGGAGAUGCUGGGCUGAUGGAGGCAAUGCAUUUUUGCUGAAUUUUGUUUCCUUUAAGCAUUUCCAGAUGUGCUGCCAUGCCGCUGAGAAAUGCUUCUAUUUUUUGUGUACAUUCCUCAAACCUCAGAAACUGCAUGUUUUAACGCGGUACUGGUCUGCUGACCUUUUUCUGUUUCAAGUCUUUUUAUCUGUUUAUAUUGGGUUGCGUUAUUGCAAGGUUUGGAAGAGCCUUUUUCACCUGGCUAUCAAAUUUUGAUGGGAAGAGCAUAUUUUAUUUGUGGAUACAUGCUGCAAGUGUGGGGUUUUGACGUGGAUUCGUCAGAAGUUACUUCCGUGCAAAAUUCUGAGCCUGCCGAAAGUUUCGCUCUUGUUCUUGGGCCUGUUUGUUAAGCGUCCGGAUCUUUGUAUAGACAAAAACAGGUUUUUUAAUGGCUUUAUUUCAUAUAGUUCUUAGGUCAUGUUUGGCCAAUGGGAUCGGAAAAUUGUAUUUCACCGUAACUUAGC